AUGCGUGAAACUGAAGUAAAGUACCUAAAGGGCGCCCGCCGCCAGAGCACUAGUGUCGGUGUGGAAAGCGUUCAUGAAUUGCAAGUUGUUGGUACAUCAAUGGAAGCGAGACUUUUACAAGGCAGCAUUUCAAAGGAUAACAAUAAAUGGGUAGCGUUCAAGACUGUCAGAGAUCAUGUGACGCUCGAGGGCAGUGGAGGCGGGGGCAUCAUGUUGGGACUACUGAGAGUAGACGAGGAUGGUUGGGAAGAAUCAAAACUGCUGCUCAGAGCCACAGGAGUAAAAUUAACUGGUGUCGAUAGUGCGAAUGCUGGUAAAUUAGAUUCGGAUGAUGGAUUUCCUGAAAGAAGUGUAGUCGGCGCGAGUCUGAACGGAGCCCCACUCAUUGAUGGCCGAGCUUGUGAAACAGCUAGACAAACUUUCCCGCAGAAGAAGUCUUCGCAUCCAAGUAGAGCUUGCAAGGAACUGGUGCAAGCUUUGUCAAACAAAGCACCUAGUGGCGAGCAUGUAGCGAUAAACAUCAUAACGAAGUCUGGAGGGCAGGAUCAGCACUUGAGCAACUCGCGUAAUGCGAAGCCGUGCAUAGUGCUUGUAUUGGUGGCUCAUCAUAUCAUCCGUGGCCCUUGUACCUCCAAAGAGGGCCUCAAAUACCAAGCUCAAUAUUAUCAUCAAAAAGAUGGAUCCAGCAUCGUCUACUCGCAUGGACUGAAAUAUCCUUCUAGCAUGCUUUUUCUGUCCGAUCAGAGAUUUUCAGAGGACGCCGACAAAGCAUUCAGACUUCUCACAUGUCUAUGGGCCGGAGACCCACCAGGUCAAGACUACGACAAUGACCAGACGUGUUUGGUGGCUACUUGUUGGAGUGGUGUCCAUUCUCGAUUACCCACAUUUGCAUACAUAAGCUCAGAACGAUACACUCAAUUGUACCUCACUGCUUUGUACUACCAUUAAUUUAAUGCAUCACAUUGUUAUAUCUGAA